UUGAAAAUUUGAGUCCAUAUCGGCCAACGAUAACAAAAUGGAUUCCCCCAAUCUAGUGGAGUCAUUUUAUAGCCCCAUACUCUAGACUAGAUAGAGAAAGUGUGAGGAGAGAGAAACGGCGAUAUACUGUUCAGAGAUAGGUAGCCUGAGCUUAUCCCAACUCUAGCUUUUCUGCAGAUUCCAAUGGGAGAGGAGAAGAAACCAGCGGAUGAAGUGAAACAACCCUCCGAAAAGACAGAGCAACCGCCCAGCGCCGCCGGUGGAGAUGAGAAGAAGGCGGCGGAAGAAUCCAAAGCGCCGCCGCCUCAAGAGAUUGUGUUGAGAGUCUUCAUGCAUUGCGAAGGCUGCGCUCGGAAAGUCCGCCGCUGUCUUAAAGAUUUGGAAGGGGUUGAAGAUGUGGUGACGGAUUGGAAGACCCAUAAGAUUGUGGUGAAAGGGGAAAAGGCAGAUCCACUGAAGGUGCUAGAAAGGCUGCAGAGGAAGAGCCACCGCCAAGUGGAGCUCAUAUCUUCCCUCCCCAAACCGGCGGCAGCGGCGGCGGAGGAACCCCUGAAGCCGCCGGAGCAGGAGGAGAAAAAACCAGAGGUGUUUGCAGUAGUUCUGAAAGCUCACAUGCAUUGUGAGGCUUGUGCUGAAGCAAUCAAAAGGAAGAUUUUGAGAAUGAAAGGCGUGGAGAGUGUAGAACCGGACUUCAAGACCUCGCAGGUGACUGUGAACGGCGUGUUCGAUCCACAGACCUUAGCGGACUACGUUGCGAAGAAGACCGGGAAACGGGUGGUGGUGGUGAAGGCAGAGCCGAAGACGGAAGAGAAGAAGGCGGCGGCGGCGGAGGAGGAAUCCAAAGCCGCCGAUGACAAGGGAGAGAAGAAGGAGAGUGACGCCGGUGGUGGCGCCGCCUGUACUGGAGCCAAGCUAGAGGAGGAGGGUAAAGAAGACCCAAAGUUGGGGUUGAGAAAAUAUGAGGCCUACCACUAUUACCAAGUCAAUCAUCCACUUAUUCCCCAACAAGGGUUUGCUGCACAUCAAGAGAGCCAUGGCCAUGGCUAUGGGGGUUACCCACAAAUGUUCAGUGACGAGAACCCAAAUGCGUGUUCAGUUAUGUAAAUUAAUUCAGAUGAUGAUGGGAAUCUAAGGGUAGAAUGGGAAGAAGGGUGGGAAUGUCACAUGGGUAGGAAAGGAUCUGUGGGUGCCAUUUCGUCCUUUUGACUGGUUGUGUGCUUAGCAUGUGGCCCUGUCUGGCCUCAUUUUGUAGUUUGUGUAAUGUCCGCAACCACAACUCUUGAAUUUGAUUUGAGUUUAUAAAAAUAAUCAUUCUACAAUUACACAAAAAAGUGUACUCUAAAGUUACACAAAAAUAACAUUUUGUGUCUGUU